AUGCAGUUCACUACUCUUGCCAUUCUUGCCUUGACCGCCUUCACUGGUGUGUCCGCCUCCGCCAUCGACGCCGCCUCCGCCAAGCACUGCAAGAUCGCUGGAUGCAGCGCUGAGCUGUGUCUGCCUUCCAAUGCCGAACCCGGCGUCAGUGGAUGUGUGCAGAAGCCCGAGUACGAGUGCUUCAAGACCGCCACAUGCCAGUACAACGCUCGCGAGCAAUCCUGCAACUGGAAGAUGACCCCGAAGCUCACCAAAUGCAUCGAGACCAAGACGGCGCCGGCGACCAAACCCACACCCCUUUGCAAAGUCACGGGAUGCAGCGGGGAACUCUGUGUCGCGGCCUCCAGCCCCGACCGCCCGGGUAUCUGCAUCUACAAACCUGAGUUUGCCUGCUUCAAGACUCCCGCCGCCUCCUGCGAGUUCGACAACAACACCCAGUCUUGCGGAUGGGCCAAGUCGGACGAGUUGAACAACUGCAUCACGCAAGCCAAGGCCGACGCCGACGUGCCCAAGGAGGCCGGAUGCAAGGUGGCCGGAUGCAACUCCGAACUCUGUGUCCCCAAGGACUCCACCGCCACCUCGAGCUGCGCGUGGAAACCGGAAUUCGAAUGCUUCAAGAAAGCUUCAUGUGGUUACAUCAACAAGUCCCUGCUCUGCGGAUGGAAAUCCGAGGACACCUUGACGCAGUGCAUCAAGGAGGCUCGUUUGGGCGCUUAG